AUGAGGCGUACCCAGCAGCAUGCCCAGUGGUGUGACCGAUGGCCACGAGAUGCUGUGUCUAGUGGUGUUGUGGCAAGGGCCAUCUCCAUCGGCCCAUUGAAUGUGUCCGCUAGUUUGCUCAGCAUUUUCGCCCGUGUGGUGCCCGAGUUGAACGUCCUACUGGCCGCGCUUCGGCCCCUCGGACAGGUCGGAACUGUUGGCCGUGCCGAAUUCGCCGACUUCGGAUAUGUCAGUGAUGGAAGUGGAACUGGAAGAAAUGUGACACCACUUCUUUUGAUAGCUGGAGCCGAUGUGAACGCUUUCGAUUCGUCGUCGACAUUGAAGGUUAUGCAAGAAACUGUGACGGUUGGCAAUGCACAUAUGGUCUCGUUGUUCCUCAGCAAUAAUGGCCUCAUCCAUCAACCUCAAUGUGCGAAAAAUGACCAACAGGAUAACCGUGAAUGGUCGGCCCUCGUGGUCGCCGUCAAUAGAAAUCAUCUACCAUCUGUACAACUUCCGUUAGGAAGGACAUUGGCACACAUCGCAUGCUUCUCGGCUUCUCGAUUAGUAGUUGAUCGACUGCUGGAGUGCGGUAUACCAAUUGAGGAUUGCUACAAGAACGGGCUAUAUCCUAUUCAGAUCGCUAUAUUGCAUCAGAAUAAAGAUGCUCUUGAGGCUGUUCUAAGCAGGUACAUUUUCUGAGAAAAGAGGUUUGAGGAUGCAAUGCAUCGCCUUCACUGCACGUUGAAUAAGUGUGAACUUUGUCUGGACAACCAGAAGCUGCAAGACAUCCAUAGUGGUCUGACGAAAGUUCGUCUACAAAUCAUGGUGUCUAUGGCGAGAGAGCUCCGACGACAGGGAUGA